AUGUGCGGUAGGACAUCUGGGAUCACUCGCUUAGGGUUGGCACACGAUUUAACUGCCAAAAAGAAGCUCCCAAGGGCCGUUCCGCAUAAUCAGUGCUCUGAGACUAGAUUUGAAUUGCAGGUCCAUCGAGAGCAUUCUGCCAAAUUUCUCCGUCGAGUGGAUUGCCCUAUCUUUUGUCAGUCGACUCUCAAGAAAAUAUUAAAAGAGCCUUCUAUUAUUGGAAGAAUCAAAUUUGAUCAGGAUUUGGACUGCACCCAAUUGGAGUACUACAAGGAAAAUCCGAUCAAAUUUUGGAUGGUUGCUGAUCUCUUCCUUGCCGUUGAAUACGCGAAAACAUUCAAGUGCUUCACAAACUUGUGCGAAGCGGACCAGCAGAAACUCCUUGGUCAUGCCGGUGGUAUGAUUCAAAUUGCCUCGCAAGCGUUUUACACACUGGACCAGAAGGAGGAAAGCCUCGGGACAAAAAAGUUGAUGGCACGAUCAUGGCUUUGGAGGCGUGCACAUGUCAUCGUAGAGAUCCCGCCCACAUCUAAACAACAACAACAACAACAACAACUUGUUUUCAGGCGCUAUCAGUUUGAGAAGUACUACCGAGAAACAUACGGCCGUCCAGUUGCCAUAGUACGGUCUCUGUCGAUGACCAGGGAACAAUUUGCUCUAUUCAAAGCAAUUUUACUAUUUAGUCCAAAUAACCUCGACUUGACUCCUAGUGGUCGCUUUGAUGUUGAUGUCGAACGUGAACGGCUCAUCUUUAUACUACGCAAGUGUCUCCUGAACGAACUUGGUCCAGCUCUAGGCGCUGAAAAGCUCGCAAACAUCCUCCUGUCAAUCGCCUCAUUCAUUGACCUCGCCGAAAAACGCCGGAAUUAUCUUGAAGUCUGUGAUUUAAUGUCAACCUUAACUCUUUCAUCGUUAGCAAAAGGUGUCUAUUUGAAGCAAUUUGAUUUGUAG